AUGGCCCCCGGCUGGCUCGGCCGCCUCUUUCUUCUGCUGCUCUGCCUCUGCGGGGAGGCCGCCGCCGGGAGGGACUUCUACAAGAUCUUGGGGGUGUCGCGCAGCGCCUCGAUCAAGGACAUCAAAAAGGCCUACCGGAAACUGGCGCUGCAGCUGCAUCCUGACAGGAACCCCGACGACCCUCGAGCGCAGGAGAAGUUCCAGGACUUAGGGGCUGCCUACGAGGUCCUGUCAGAUGAGGAGAAAAGGAAGCAGUAUGAUGCCUAUGGUGAGGAGGGACUGAAGGAUGGCCACCAGAGCUCCCAUGGAGACAUCUUCUCACACUUCUUUGGGGACUUUGGAUUCAUGUUUGGAGGGAGCCCUCGCCAACAGGACAGGAACAUUCCCCGGGGAAGUGACAUCAUCGUGGACCUGGAGGUCACUCUGGAGGAGGUGUACUCGGGAAAUUUUGUAGAAGUCAUCAGGAACAAGCCAGUGGCAAGACAGGCACCUGGCAAACGGAAAUGCAACUGCCGGCAGGAGAUGAGGACCACCCAGCUGGGUCCCGGACGUUUCCAGAUGACUCAAGAAGUUGUUUGUGAUGAAUGUCCAAAUGUCAAGCUUGUGAACGAGGAGAGAACGCUGGAAGUGGAGAUAGAGCCGGGUGUGAGGGAUGGCAUGGAGUAUCCCUUCAUUGGGGAAGGUGAGCCCCAUGUGGAUGGGGAGCCAGGAGAUCUGCGCUUCCGAAUCAAAGUACUGAAGCACCCAGUCUUUGAAAGAAGAGGAGAUGACUUGUAUACAAAUGUGACAAUCUCGCUGGUCGAGGCACUUACAGGCUUUGAAAUGGACAUUGCCCACUUGGAUGGGCACAAGGUUCACAUUGCUCGAGAUAAAAUUACAAAACCUGGGGCCAAGCUCUGGAAGAAAGGAGAAGGUCUCCCAAGCUUUGAUAACAACAACAUCAAAGGCUCCCUGAUCAUCACCUUUGAUGUGGAGUUCCCCAGGGAGCAGCUGACAGGCGAGCAGCGGGAAGGUCUCAAACAGCUGCUGAAGCAAAGCUCGGUGCAGAAGGUGUACAACGGCUUGCAGGGCUAUUGAUGUGUGGCCAAAAUGGGACUUGAGUGAAAAAGGAAAAGUUCCUUUGGUUGCAGUCUGGAGCCCACUGG